AUGAAUCACCAAGCUUCGUUCUUCCAAAAAAAACAGUCAUUCUCAACUAAACUGGGUGCGGCUGGUGCCGUCGCCGCCAUAGCGUCAAAAUUUGCUUUUGGCGAAUAUUCUGGGACCGCACAAUAUGAGAAGUUUGCUCUAUCGCUGGUAGUUUUUGCAGUGAGCAAUGUCCUCAUGUGGUGGGCGUAUACUAAAUCUCUAUCGCUGGCUGAUUCAACAGUGCAAUGCAUGGCUGUAAAUACGGGAACAAACUUCGCUCUAACGGGUAUACUCGGGUACCUGCUGUUUUCCGAAUCACACUCCAUAUUUUGGUGUUUUGGUUUGAGUUUAGUGUUCGUCGGUGUAUGUUUACUGGCAAACGACGACAAAGAGAAGGCUGAUUAGAGAUAACAUUGAUAAUUCGAUUCUGUUGUGAUUUAUUGUCCAAUUGUUUCAUAGUGAGCUUCUCUGCAAAUCUUUUUUCGUUGUUCCGUAGUACUUGUGUACGUUGGGUACAGUUUUUACUUACUGAAACAAGCGGAAUACAUACAUAAUGAAUCUACGAUGAAUU